AUGGAUGCCGAGCAUCGCUGGGAGGAUCCCCUGCUGGCCGGUGAGCUUCACCGGGAGGAUCCCCUGCUGGCCGGGGGGGGUCACAGCGCCCUCGGAUGCUCUGUCCCCCUGCCGGACCCGGCGUCCUGGGUGGAAGGGGAGAACGUGUGGGUGCUGGAGCUGCAGCCCUACGGCGAUCCCAGUGGUGACGAAGCGGUAAAGCUGGAGCCGCAGGGGCCGUUCCUGAGAAGCUCUGUGAGGGCUGUAAAGCAGGAGAUGCCCAAGCCAGGCAUAGCAGGGACGCCGGAGCCGGAGGGGCCGUUCCUGAGAAGUGCUGUGAGGGCUGUAAAGCAGGAGAUGCAGGAGCCAGGCGUAGCAGGGAUGCUGGAACCGGAGGGGCCAUUCCUGAGAAGCACAGUGAGGGCUGUAAAGCGGGAGACAUUGGAGCCGGAGGGGCCGUUCCUGAGAAGCUCUGUGAGAGCUGUAAAGCAGGAGAUGCCCAAGCCAGGCAUAGCAGGGAUGCCGGAGCCGGAGGGGCCGUUCCUGAGAAGUGCUGUGAGGGCUGUAAAGCAGGAGAUGCCGGAGCCAGGCGUAGCAGGGACGCUGGAGCCGGAGGGGCCGUUCCUGAGAAGCACUGGAGAGAACAUUCCCUGGAUCCCGGAGCAGGGCAGAGCUGGCGGGAGCCAGCACCGGGCAGAGAGGAGGAACACUCCACGGAGGAGGCAGGGUAAGAACAGCUGCUAUGACCCCCCGCCGGGGAGGCAAGGGGGCAGCCCCCUGCGGGACAUCACUGUGCCCCAGAGCGCAGCUGCAGGGGGGCCACCCCACACGUGUGCCACCUGCGGAAAGAGUUUCAGCCGCCGCUCCAAGCUGAGCUCCCACCAGAGGAACCACACUGGAGACAAACCCCACAGCUGUGGGGACUGUGGGAAGGGCUUCCUGUGGCGCUCGGACCUGCUCCGGCACCAGCUCAUGCACACGGGGGAGCGUCCCCACCACUGCUCCCAGUGUGGCCGUGGCUUCAGCCGAGCCUCGCGGCUUCUGCAGCAUCAGAGAGUGCACAUGGAAGCCAGCCACGGAACAGAGGGCAGCCCAGUGCCAAGUGUGCUGCAGGGAGUACACGGGGAGCCUGGCCAUGGAGUGGGGCGGACCCCGGGGCUGAGCGAGGGCCAGAGAGUCCACUUGGAGCCCGGCCAUGGGGUGGGGCAGAGCCCGGGGCUGAAUGAGGGCCAGGGAGUCUACGUGGAGCCCAGCCACGGGAGAAUUCAUGCAGAGCCCUGCUACGGCACUGAGGGACCCGCGGCCCAGAGCCUGGAACUGAUUGUGCUGCAGAGAGUCCACGGGGAGCCCUGCCAUGGAGCAGAGGGGAGCUCAGCCCUGAUUACCCUGCAGGGAGUCCACAGAGAGCCCUGCCACAGCACCGAGCAGAGCCCGGCACUGCAUGCAGUGCAGACAGUCCACGGGGAGCCCUGCCACGGCACCGAGCAGAGCCCGGCACUGCAUGCAGUGCAGACAGUCCACGGGGAGCCCUGCCACGGCACCGAGCAGAGCCCGGCACUGCAUGCAGUGCAGACAGUCCAUGGGGAGCCCUGCCAUGGCACCGAGCAGAGCCCGGCACUGAGUGCAGUGCAGACAGUCCACGGGGAGCCCUGCCACGGCACCGAGCAGAGCCCGGCACUGAGUGCAGUGCAGACAGUCCACAGGGAGCCCUGCCACGGAGCAGAGAGUCCCAUGGCCCAGAGCCUGGCGCUGGCUGCGCUGCAGAGUCUCCAGGCCGGAGAGGCUCAAUGUGUCAUCGCUGAGCGAGGGGGAGGCCUGGCUGAGACCCCCCCAUCCCCCGUGGCCUUGGUGCAGGAGAAUCCCUUCCAAUGUCCCGAGUGCCAAAAGUGCUUCAGCCGCAGCUCGUACCUGGUGAAGCACCGCCGGAUCCACGGGGCGGGGAAGCCCCACCAGUGCCCCCAGUGUGGCAAGUGCUUCAGCCAGCGCUCAUACCUCUGCAAGCACCGCCGCAUCCAUGCCGCGGCAGCUGGCAAACCCCACGAGUGCGCGCUGUGCGGCAAGCGCUUCAGCCUUCGGUCCUACCUCUGCAAACACCGCCGCAUCCACACGAGAUAG